AAAGUUUUUAGCUUUAUGUGAUGGCACCGUAUGCAGAGGGUAGGGAUCUGACGGGUACAAUCUGAUCAUGUUAAUGCACCAGCACCAUGUUUUUUUAGGCUCUACUUAACAGGGAGGAUUGUUUGAUUCAUCCGUCUUAACUUUGCAAUAUCGUGUGGCACAAUGUGGUCUUGACUAAUCUUGACGUCUGACUGGCUGCUGGUGGGCUGUGUCAUCGACCUUCAGUAAACUGCACUCCCCCGCAUGACAUCAAACAUCGCUUCAUCUCGCGCUCACUGCGGAACUUAUUUGCACUAAGCUUAUGCUUAAAUUAUUUGUUUUAUGCUUUAAAAACGCCCCAUGAAUAUGAGUUUCGAUCCUUCCAAAUCAUCUCUGCUGUCCGAAUUAAAAGCGUGCUGGAUUUAUGUAUUUUUUGGAUCCCUCCUAUUGUCUCGUCAGUGUUUGGGGUUCAGCUUAGAGACGCUGCAUCCUAAAGUUUUCAGAGCACCCCAGGGAGACUCACACUUUGGUCAUCGGGUUUGUCAUUUUGAUCCAACACAAGGAGACAGUGUUUUGGUAACGGCUCCUUACCUUAACAAUCGGUCUGGUGGUAUUUACAGUUGUUCUUACAGCACAAAUCAAUGUUCACAACUGCAUGUGAAAGUUGAUAAAGGCAUUGCGUUGGGUUUGUCUCUUGCCUGUGAUGAUCAUCAAGCAACUGUGUGUGGUCCUCAUUACAAGCAUAAAUGUGAGGGGUUUAACUAUCUCAAUGGUCUGUGUGUGGAGAUCAUCCCUCGCCAUACUAACACAAUAAUAAAGCCGGCUUUCCAGGAAUGUCAUACUAUUCCCCCGCUGGAUGCAGUUAUCCUGUUUGAUGACUCGGGUAGUAUCACACCUGAAAAUUUCCAAACCAUGAUCAAGUUCAUCAAGAGCUUGAUCGCCAUGUUUGUGGACACGCGAGCUCAGGUGGCAGUGGCGAAAUUCUCUACCAAAGUGUCGGCUGUCUUUCACUUUGAAAACUUUGCAGUAAAUCGAGAUACAGACCAGCUUAUGAAGGACGUGACCCAGGAACAGGGCCAUACAUACACACCUUCCGCAAUACGUUUUGUACUAGAAGAGAUGUUUUCUGUGAAUGUGGGAAUGCGGAGGAACUCUCAGAAGUUAUUGCUGGUGAUCACCGAUGGAAAGUCAAACGAUCCCAGAGAGAAAUUCAAGAAUGUCAUUCCGUUAGCCGAUGAACUAGGCAUCACAAGAUUUGCCAUUGGGAUUGGUAAGGAGUAUUUGCUGUCCGAGCUGGAGAUGAUCGCUUCAUCUCCUCAGUUUGUGUUUGAAACAGAGAGUUUCAGUGCUCUCGUCUCAAUUCUUAGCCAGCUGAAGGAAAAGAUUUUCUCUAUCGAAGGAACCGACACGGGGAACUUCAGCUCUUUUCAGAUGGAACUGUCACAGGGUGGCUUUAGUGUGGCUCUCUCUGAGGGUUCAAGAGUAUUUGGAGCAGUUGGGGCAUACUCCUGGUCUGGGGGAAUAGUGCAGGAUCUCUCUCACAAACUGCUCAAUUCUUCUUUCAUUAAUGCUACAAACAUGGAGGAGGAUAUUAAAAACUCUUAUCUUGGUUACUCUGUUGCUGUGGCAACAGUGGAUGGCAAUGUUGUGUACUUUGCGGGAGCACCAAGACAUAGACACACUGGGAUAGUGCUGGGGUUUACACAGAACCAUCAGAAUCACACCUGGACCGUCUCUCACAGGAUAUACGGAUCACAGCUGGGUUCAUAUUUUGGAGCAGAGUUGUGUGUAUUGAGUGCUUCAGGAUUGUUAGCAGUCGGGGCUCCUUUAUAUCAUACACAAGGAGUUGGAGGAGAGGUCCGCAUAUGCCCACUACAUACUGGGACACUCAACUGCUCAGGGUUUCUUCGUGGGGUCAGGGGGAAUGAGUUUGGGAGGUUUGGUACGUCUCUGGCUGCUAUACAGGACAUGAAUGGAGACGGCUUUAUGGAGUUAGCGGUGGGAGCGCCUCAGGAACUACAGGGCAAGGGGGCGAUUUACAUUUUCUUGGGACGACCUGGAGGGAUCAGAACAGAGUACAGUCAGAGAGUGAGUGGAGCAGAAGUGGGCAGUGGGCUGCAGUAUUUUGGAGUCUCUCUUCACUCUGCUGGUGAUCUUUCUGCAGACGCCCUCAUUGAUGUGGUGGUGGGAUCUAAAGGGGAUGUUACAGUGCUCAGGACUCAACCGGUAAUGUGUCUUCACAUAAACAUCACUGUGGACUUGCCAAUCAUUCCUCAACAUUUUUUUCAUUGCUCCGCUCCCCUUGGCCUCAACAAACCUGUUGCCACAGUCACCCUAUGUGUUUCUAUCGAGGAGAUUGUUAAGGGUAAUAUACAAGGUCCUUUCAGUGCUGCGGUGUCAUUAGCUCUGGAGCUGGACCCUCCAGCCAGGGCUCCUCGACUGUUGUUUGGAAACAGGUCAGCCUCUUAUCUCUGGACUCCCAGCAGCAACCUCAGCAGCCUGUUUCCUGUCUGCACUACUCAGCCCAUUAUUAUCCCGGAGUGUAUUUCAAACUAUCAAGAGGUUCCUCUCUCUGGGAGACUUAGAGUUACAGGAGAGAUAAUUCCUGAAACAGGCGGUCUAAGGCCAGUGCUGAGCCCUGACUGCAAUACUUCAUUCACUGAGAUGGUAAUUCUGGAGAAGGUGUGUGGAGAAGAUCAUGUGUGUGUCUCGGAUUUAAACGUUUCUCUCUCAUUUCUGAGUGAUACCGUAGUAAGUUCAGCAGGCUACCCUGUGAAACUCUCUGUGGUUGUGUACAAUAACGGAGAAGAUUCCACAGACACAGAACUAUUUCUUUAUCAUCCCACAAUUCUGUCCUUCGCCUGGGUCAAAGCGUCGAGUGGAAAGGUAUGGUGUGAGUCCAAUCAAACAGAGCCCUCCAACAUCACACACACAACAUGUCAGCUCGGCGCAACAGUUUUUCGUCAAAGAGUAAAGACCACACUGAUGAUGGCGUUCACAGUGGCUAGACCCUCGGCUGUAAACGAGCGCUUGAUUGUUAAUGCUUUAGUCACAAGUAAAAAUGAGAACAAUAACACAGUCCAAGACAAUCGUGCGGCUACUUUCGCUGUUCUCAAACUUCCUGUUAAUGUUGUGGUGAAAAAUGGAGGUUCAACUCGGUUUGUUAAAUAUCCUGAUAGCACACUGCUUGAACACAUAUAUAUGGUGGAGAACACUGGAAAAAUUUCUGCUCCUGUGAAUAUUUCCUUUGUGUUUCCGGUGAAGAUGACUUUUCCUGAAAUAAAUGGAACCGGUACAACAUGCGAAAAACAAGUUCUUCUCAAACAUGGGGAAAGAUUUAAUUUGACACAGCAUUGCAGCGUUUCUACCUGUUAUCUAAUUGGUUGCACCAUCAAGCUGUUGACGAGUGAUCAACCAAUCACCUUUAAGUUUACAGCAACUAUCAGUUCAGGCAAACAGGUUAGCAUCAAGAGUUGGGGAUUUGUCUUCUUUGACAGCGAGCGCUACAUUCAGUAUCCCCCCGAUGAUUCUCACCAUCUGUCUAUUGUAACAGAGUUGGAGGUCCCGUCUCAGUCUCUCACAGUACUCAUUGCUUCCCUGUCUGUAUUCUUUGGACUCAUCAUCAUGGCCGUCAUUUUCGUGAUGUUGUACAAAAGGGGCUUUUUUAAUUCCACUUCAAUUGCUGACCAAAACAACCCAGUGGCACCAUCUACUGGUGAGGCAGUCAAUAGUGACCAAACUUCAGCGGAUGCCCCUGUUGAGAGUGCUCAAUCUAAUGGACAACCUGAACAUAUCACUGAAGAGUGGUCAAAACUGUAGUUCACCUUGACUUGGCAUGUGAAUCAAGAGUGAGGAAUAACCACUAUUACCCAUUGUCACUAUUCUAACAAAUAUGUUUGACGUUCGUCAUAUUGAAAACAACAUUCGAUUGCUUUACAUUUAGCGUUUAUGAAAAUGUUAGCAUUACCUAAAGAGGACAAAAUGGAUUUCAUGGACCUGUAACAUGUGUUCCUGCAAAUAUCGUGCAGACUUUUAAUUUGUUGCCUUUUUCAAGUAUGGAAGGAUCUUUGUUGCCUGUAAAAUUGGAAUAUUUAACGGCAAAAUCAACAUUGUUAAACGGUCAAAGAUUUUCAGGUUUAAAAGUUAUAUUUAUUGUUUUAUAGUUAAUUUGCUUCAGAUAUAACUGAGGCCUAAUCAUUUUGUCAUGUGAACCAUACUUUAUGUGUAAAAAUCUGACAAAAAUAAUAUAGUUAUGUUACAA